AUGUCAGGCACAGCCAUAGUCACCAGGUAUGAGAUCACCACCAAGGAUUUGCAGGAGAAGAAGGAAAUUGUGGAGAGGGGGAGGAUGAAGGAGCCACACUUGCUAGUGAGAAGGCUGAUGAAAAAAAAUAGGGAGCAAGACGUAGGUGAAGAAGAGGAAGAAAGUGAUGAGGCAGAGAAAGAUGAAAGGGAUGGUGAGGAAGAGAAUGGAGAGGAAGAUGAAGAGGCUGAGGCAGCUACAGUCAAAUGGGCAGUUGAAGAUGCUAUUGACGCAUGCUCAUGGUGGGCCUGGCCUUCUUUCUUCUUGCCAAAUGCCGCCAACGUGGUGUUCAGGCGCUUCGUGGAGGUUGGCCGGGUGGCCUACGUCUCCUUUGGGCCUCAUGCUGGGAAGCUGGUUGCAAUUGUGGAUGUUAUUGAUCAGAACAGGGCUUUGGUGGAUGGACCUUGCACUCAAGUAAGGAGACAGGCUAUGCCUUUCAAAUGCAUGCAGCUCACUGACUUCAUCCUCAAGUUCCCACACAGUGCCCUCCAGAAGUAUGUCCGAAAAGCCUGGGAGAAGGCAGAUAUCAGUGCAAAGUGGGCAGCCACAAGGUGGGCCAAGAAGGUUGAAGCCAGAGAAAAGAAAGCCAAGAUGACAGAUUUUGAUCGUUAUAAAGUUAUGAAGGCAAGGAAAAUGAGGAACAGACUAAUCACGCUUGAAGUCAAGAAACUUCAAAAGGCAGCUCUCCUGAAAGCUUCUCCCAAGAAAGCACUUGCUGCUAAGAGGGCAGCUGCUGCAAAGGUUCCAGUGAAAAAGAUGACCACUGCGGGUAAGAAGGCUCCAGCCCAGAAGGUUCCUGCCCAGAAAGCUGCAGGCCAGAAGGCGGCACCUCCUCCAAAAGCUCAGAAGGGUCAGAAAAUUCCAGCCCAGAAAGCACCUGCUCCAAAGGCAUCAAAAAAAAAAAAAAAAAAAAAAGGAAGCUAUUAA